CUGCGCUCGCUGAAGGAUCCGGGCUGCGGAGCUCGGUGUCUGUUGUUUCACCCGCCGCCGGGAGCCGGGCCCUGCCGCGCACGCAGCCCAGUUGUCUCGAGCGAGCCGCCGAGCCCGGCCGCGCAGACAUGGGGAAAUCCUUUUCUCACCUGCCUUUACAUACGUGUAAGGAAGAUGGCUAUGAUGGAGGUACAGCAUCUGAAAACAUGAGGAAUGGAUUAGUUCACUCUGAAUCCCAUAGUGAAGAUGGAAGAAGUGGGGAUGUGUCACAGUUCCCAUAUGUGGAAUUUACAGGAAGAGACAGUGUCACUUGUCCCACAUGCCAGGGAACAGGGAGAAUUCCACGUGGGCAGGAAAACCAGCUUGUGGCACUGAUUCCAUACAGUGAUCAGAGGCUGAGGCCAAGAAGAACAAAGCUUUAUGUGACUGCUUCUGUAAUAGUAUGCUUACUCCUUUCUGGUCUGGCUGUAUUCUUCUUAUUUCCUCGUUCCAUCGAUGUCGAAUACAUUGGAGUGAAGUCAGUAUAUGUCAGUUAUGAAACAAGUAGGCGCAUAAUAUAUCUAAAUAUUACGAAUACCCUAAAUAUAACAAACAACAAUUACUAUUCUGUUGAAGUGGCAAACAUUACAGCCCAAGUUCAGUUUUCAAAAACGGUUAUUGGGAAGGCACGGCUAAACAAUAUCACCAACAUUGGUCCACUGGAUAUGAAGCAGAUUGAUUAUAUGGUGCCCACAGUCAUACAGGAUGAAAUGAGCUACAUGUUUGAUUACUGUACCUUGUCAUCUAUUAAAGUGCAUAACAUAGUAGUCAUGAUGCAAGUGACAGUGACAACCUCUUACUUUGGCCACUCUGAACAAAUAUCCCAGGAGAGAUACCAGUAUGUAGACUGUGGUGGAAACACGACUUAUCAACUGGGCCAAUCAGAAUAUUUAAACGUACUUCAACCUCCACAAUAAAAGCGGCACAGUGGAUGAUGCAGAAAGAAAAAGAUGGCUGUUGUUGCUGCCAGACUUCAUCUUAGUAGAACUGUUGAUCAGAUUUGCUACUAUUUAAAAGGGGGUGUGUGUGUGUGUGUGUGUGUGUGUAAAGUUUAGCAACCUGAAGGUCUGUUCGCUUAUAAUACGAUCUGUGGGAGAAGGAAAAGUGCAAAAUGUAUGUAGCCACAAUUGUUGAACAGUGUGUUUCUCUUUCUGUUUUACUGUUAUGAUAUGUAGACAUUUCUAUCAAAUUGUUUCACUAGAAAAAAUGCAUCUUAAAUUUUCAGACAGAGAACUUGAAUGAUUGCCUGCAGCACAAUGUGGUUACAAGAAUUUUAAAGUCAAUGUGCAUAUAUUUAUCUGUAUAGAUGAAACAAUGUCACUAAGGAACAUUUUGUAAGAGGAAUAAAUAUAUAAGCUAAAAGUUAAAUAUUGAGAACUGAAACUAUAACAUAUAAUACAGAUCAAGGCUUCUAUUUAAGUCACCAGUUUCUUUUAGAGUGUCUGGAUAUGUCUAUAUAUGUGGUAACUUAUAGUCCUUGAGGAUGCAUUAGUAAACUUAUGGAAAAACAGCUUUCUUUGUAUUGGAAUUCUGUUUUAGAUAUGCUUCCAUUACAGGUUAACGGCUUGAUUUUAUUAUUUCCCACUCCUUAAGCACAAACAAAACUCUUAUUGACUUGAAUGAAGGUUUUUGUUUUCCUUGAAUGUGGAAUUUUGAAUCUGGUGUUAAGAUGGCUACUGUUCUUUUGUUUUUGUUUCUACCUCCUCCCUGCCCCUACCCUAGGAUGGGAAGUUUAAAGAAAAUGUUCAUUAUUCAUAUUCUUAAAAACGAAUAAUGCAUAUGACACACAUUCAUGACUGCUUUUGCAAAAUUCAUCGAGUUAAAGAAAAAUGUUGACGUCUCUAUUGGAUAAUGAAAAAUACAAAAUGCAUAAAGUUUUAUUUAAUUUUUUGUUGUAGUAGCUUGGUGUACAAGUGUAUCACUUUCAAGUUUACACAGAAUCACUUAAACUGUGUACAUCGUAAGUCUAGAUAUGGCUUUUGGGCAACUAAGUGUAAACUGAAAAUAUAACUAAUCAUAAUCGCUUUGAAAUAUAAAGAAUGUGUACCUAACACUGACAAGUAGUUUAACAUCUGUAUGGACUGAAUAAGCAAUAGUUGCCGAAAUCCUCUUAAGUCCUCACGCUUCACAUUAUGAGAUUGGAGAGUGACUUUUUUUUGUUGUUUUUUGGUAAAAGUGCAAGUGCCUAUGCAAACACUAAACUACAAGAACUCAAAUAUGGCUACUUUCUGAUAACAAAAUAAUCCAAAGUAAAUGUCUUCAGUGUCACUGCAUGCCAGGUAUAAUUGGCUGUGGAACUGUGUGCUUAUGCAUUUCAGCUUGUGAGGAGCAUAAUUUAAUUUAGAUUUAAUCUUAAAAUUUUUUCGAUUUUUCGAGACUACCUUUAAUGUGUUUUGUUCUUUUACUUGAAUCCAAAUAAGGUCUUCAGUUUUAGUUAAAAGAAUACUGAUUUA